UGAUCUUGUGAACAUAACCACGAGUGGCUAUUAGUGACGUAACACCGCAUACACUCAUCGUAGUUUCAUGUCGACAUGACAUUGUUGCCAACAACAAAAGGACUGACGUUCUUGCUGGUUGUGUUUGCGGUUGUCUCCGUUGGUUUCUAUGUCCACUGGAUCCAAGACACUAACGACAAAGCGAUCGUCAAUGGUAGUUUAAAGAUGGAACCCAAUCAACCCGCACAUUACAUCUGUGAUGUCGAUACUGGUCGUCUUGGCAACCAGAUGUUUUCAUAUGCAGCUAGUUACGGAAUAGCGAAGGACAAAAACAUGACAAUGUUUGUGGCUGAAGACCGGAUGCUGAACGGUAUCUUCGUCUUGGAUGCCACCAAGGUAGAAAAAAUGGUUUGUGAUAACACCACGUUACGAAAUCUCGAUGUCUGUUGUACUUACAAGAAAACAUUCCUUAAUUUCGCCACAGACGCAGACUACAAAUUAGGAAGGUAUCUCCAGUCUUGGAAAUACUUCCAGAACCACGUCGCUGCCAUUAGAAGACAGUUCAGAUUCAAGAAACCCACCGUGACGAAAGCCCAGACCAUUUUACACAGCGUGAUGGGGGAGUAUAAACGCCGGACAUCAAACUCGACAAACGCCGAAACCCCCACGUUUGUCGGGGUACACAUUCGACGAGGUGAUAUAAACAGUGCUCGUUUAAAAUUGGGAUUUACUCUUGCACCAAAAGAAUAUAUAACUAAAGCUAUGGGAUAUUUCACUAGCAAGUUUUCAAAAGUAAUAUUCUUGGUUUGCUCCGAUUCAGUGGACUGGGUGAAGAGUAAUUUUAACUCGAGCAAUAAUAUAUUCUACUCCGUUGGAAAUUCGCCCGAAGUGGACAUGUGUCUUCUGUCGUCUUGUAACCAUAGCAUCAUGACGGUGGGUACGUUCGGCUGGUGGGGUAGUUUCCUCGCUGACGGGAAGACAGUCUACUAUAAACACGCGGCUCGCGAAGGCUCGGAGCUGAGGAGGCAAUAUUCUGCCGACUACUCGGACUAUUUUUACCAAGGCUGGAUUGGAAUGGAUUGACAUAGGGUUGGGUUAGGUUAGAACCGAUUGAUUUUAGAAUGGACUGGAAUAUAUUGUAGUUUGAGAGCAUAGGAAUGGGUUGACGUAUGACCGGGUCAGAAUAAAUUAACGUAUGACUGGGUCAGAAUAGACUGACGUAUGGCUGGAUCACAAUAGAUUGACGUAUGGCUGGGUCAGAAUAGACUGACGUAUUGCUGGAUCACAAUAGAUUGACGUAUGGCUGGAUUAGAAUAGAUUGACGUAUGACUGGAUCUGAAUACAUUGACGUAUGGCUGGAUUGGAAUAGAUUGACAUAUGUCUGGAUCAGAAUAGAUUGACGUAUGACUGGAUCAGAAUAAAUUGACGUAUGGCUGGAUUGGAAUACUAGUAGAAUGACAUUCGGCUGGAUCAGAAUAGAUUGACGUAUGGCUCGAUUUGACUAGAUUGACGUAUGGCUGGAUCAGAAUUGACUGACAUGUAGUUGGGUUGGAAUGUAUUAUCGCAUGAGUGAUCGUUGUAUAUUUACAAACUAAGAUAUUUUACAUAUAUCACACUAAGUAAAUAUGUUUGUGUAUUAUAGAACGUGUUAAUAAAUUUGUGUGUAAAGCAUAA